GACGACGGAGCUGUCAAACAGCAACAAUCGCCUGAAAUAUUAUCCCGGGCGGUACAACAAACAUCGUACUUUGCUCUUUUGUGGAAACAAGGACGACAGGAGCAGUCUUCGAGUUCGCCUUUAGCAUUAACCCUAAGGAAAUCUUGACUUUUAAACGGUUGGCGACGAAAAACUUCCUGUUUAGUGUUUGUUGGUGGUUCUCAGGCUAAUGUUUGUUAGCUCUUCGCUUAGCUCGAGUUUUGUUGACAAACUAGCAUUCCUUGCUAGUUUCUGAGCAGCUGCGUUUCCAGCUUCAGGGGGUCGUGGUCGUUGUUUUGACAAGUGCUGUAAAGUUGGGAAAGGCAUGUGGGGACCCCGCUUGAGUUAUUCAUGCAAACAUCUCCAUGAAAUGAUAACAGGUGUCCAAGGGUUUUCUAUACAUCUUUCAAACAUGUGAAAACCCUCUCCUCCUGGUGGACUCUCCAGUUACAAGCAGCGAGGAACAAGUAGGAGACAUCUUGGAUCCAGCCACUGUGUCACCAGGCGCUCCCUAAACACACCAGUUUCAACUUAAGUCUACGUGCGUGACACAUUUUCUCCCAGGAAACAAACGUAGUAAAGUCCCUGCGCCUCUCAAACAAUCCUGUCCUCAUGUCAUGUGGGUACAUCACAGAAAAAACCCCAUAUUACCAGCAUCAUCUUUUACGCCAUGGACCGAAAUAAACGCAAUUCCAUCGCUGGGAUCCCGACGCGACCCGAACGCAUCAACGAGGACAGAGAUGGUGUCGGAGGCGUAGGGGGCUUUGAGAUGGGCUUUGAGAUGGGCCCGCCUCCACAGGUGGGCCGGGUGUGGCCCUCGUCCUACAGAGCCCUCAUCAGUGCCUUCUCCUGUCUCACACGCCUUGAUGACUUCACCUGUGAGUGGAUCGGCUCUGGAUUCUUCUCUGAUGUCUUCAAAGUUCGUCAUCGAGCCACAGACCAGGUUAUGGCGAUGAAGAUGAACAAAAUCAGCAGCAACAGAGCCAACAUGUUGAGAGAAGUCCAACUCAUGAACCGGCUCUGCCAUCCCAACAUACUCAGGUUCAAGGGUGUGUGCGUCCAUGAGGGCCAGCUCCACGCUCUGACAGAGUACAUAAAUGGUGGAAACCUGGAGCAGCUUCUAGACGGAAACAAGCAUCUGAGUUGGCCCAUGAGGGUGAAGCUUGCCUGCGACAUCGCCAGCGGCCUGGCUUACUUGCACUCCAAAGGCAUAUUCCACCGGGACCUCACCUCCAAGAACUGCCUGAUAAAGUGUGAGGACAACGGUUACUCAGCAGUGGUGGGAGACUUCGGCCUGGCAGAGAAGAUCCCCACCAAUCUUGCCGAAGUGGAGAAACUGUCCGUGGUUGGUUCUCCUUUCUGGAUGGCUCCAGAGGUUCUGAGAGACGAGCCGUACAACGAGAAGGCCGAUGUGUUCUCCUAUGGGAUCGUCCUGUGUGAGAUCAUAGCGAGGGUGCAGGCCGACCCUGACUUCCUCCCCCGCACAGAGAACUUCGGCCUGGACUAUCACACGUUCCAGCACAUGGUGGGAGACUGUCCGCCCGACUUCCUGCAGCUGGCCUUCAACUGCUGCAAUAUGGAUCCUAAACUCCGUCCAUCUUUCACCGAGAACGUCCGGCACCUCGAGGAGAUUCUGGUCCGCCUUAAAGUGGAAGAGAUGGAGCACGAGUGUGUUCCUCUCAGUGGGGACAACGACAAGAAGACGAUACCCAAAGGUGAGAAGAUCCAGGGCUUCAAGCGCCUGAACCCCCUGGGCUUCCAGGAUGAUAAAAUCCCUCAGAAGUCUCCUCGCCCGCGAAGAAACAUCUGGCUCAGCCGCAGCCAGUCCGACAUUUUCUCCUGCAAACCGGGGAGAAAAGUGAACGUCCAGGACCCUUCCUACAACCCCCCCGCCCCCCAGCGGGCCUCCAAAGCUCGCAAGAUCAACCCGUUCACCGCCCGCGAGGACCUGUGCGGGGGAAAGAUCAAGUUCUACGACGUUCCCAGCAAGUCCGUGUUCGACCUGGUGUUCGACCUGCACUCGCCCCCGGGGAGUGUGUUCAGUGACCCUCCGUCUGCUAAUGGACCUGGGGGGGCCACUCAGGGGACGUCCUACUACUGGCAGCAGCUCCCAGGCAGGCAGUGCCACUCGGUGCCCGUCUCCCCCCAGCUGCCCCGCUCGGAUGUCUUCCAACACCUCGCAGACGCCGUCAGCUCCAACAACAACGGCUCCGUCACCUGUUCCUCCAGCCAGCUGCCAGCAAUCAACUUCAGGUCUGACGCAGGCCUGAUGGGAAAUGAAGUCCGGCAGAAGGCAGCGCUGACUAGCUGGGCAAAGAAAUACGUCGUGGUCGAGAUCCCACCUUACUGCAGGCAGAGAGGAGGGGAGGAGGAGGAGGAAGAGGAGGAGGGGAGGAAGGAGGAGGAGGAGGACGAAGAGGAAGGGAAAGAGUUGGGGGAGAGCUGGUCUCCGAUGGUCCCCAGCAGUGACAGAAACAGUGGAGAAGCCAUGGACUGCUCCAGCAGCCUGGAGGAGGAGGGAGGGGAACACCUGCCCCCUGUAACACACAUGUAAAUCCACACACA